GUUUCAAUUCAAAGCCUAUUUCGUUUUGUUUUUCGUUUCGUUGCUGCUAAAACCGCUACUUGCAGAGGCUAAGCAAAAUCACUGCAUUUCAGAUUCAGUUUCGAAGAAUUUCAAAGUUUUCUCCCGAAAUCUAUCUAUUAGUUUGAAUAAAUAGACAUGUCUGAGAAUGAAGUAAAUCCAACUAUCAGCAAGUCCACUGGAUUGCCUCGAAAGCGCUUCUAUCGAGCACGAGCACACAGCAAUCCACUGAGUGACUCUCACUUCCCUGUGUCAAUAUCACCCAGCCAUGUUGAUUAUUCCCGCCACUACCCUCAGCUCUUUCCCUCGGCUGGUCAAGCUGAUAGUUCCAAAAGGAUUCAAUUUGCUGAUGUUGGUUGUGGUUUUGGAGGGCUGCUCAUAAGCCUUUCAACUCUGUUCCCAGAAACAUUAAUGAUUGGAAUGGAACUCAGGGACAAAGUUACCGAGUAUGUCAAGGAACGAAUUUCAUCUUUAAGGGUAGCAAAUCCAGGUCAAUACCAAAACGUUUCUGUGGUGCGAACUAACUCCAUGAAGUACAUUCCCAAUUACUUUGGGAAAGGACAGCUCUCAAAGAUGUUUUUCUUGUUUCCUGAUCCUCAUUUUAAAGAGAAGAAUCAUCGCCGCAGAGUUAUAAGUCCGUUCUUGCUAGAUGAGUAUGCUUAUGUUCUUGAGGUUGGAGGAAUUAUAUAUACAAUAACGGAUGUAGAAGAGCUUGGAGAGUGGAUGAAGUCUUGUCUGGAGAAUCAUCCUAUGUUCGAAGCUCUGACUGAGAAAGAACUUGAGGCAGAUCCAGUUGUUAAGCUCUUGAGCUCUGCAACUGAAGAAGGCCAAAAGGUUGCUAGGAAUGGAGGACAAACUUUCCAGGCUGUAUUCAGACGUAUUGUGCCAUCCGAUCAAACAUCCUAGACUUCUGCUACCUAACCUAGUAUGCUGCUAUUGGAAGUUGGAAGUGAAAAAAAAGCUUGCAGCAUGAUUGAAAUUGCUGCAUUACUGGUAUAAAGUUGGCUUCACAAGGAUCAGAUGACCUUUACCAUCUUUUAUACGGAAUGUGUGUGUAUUUUCAUUUUUAAUUAACUGAACUUAUGCGAUACUAAAACAGGAGUGUUGUAGUUCGUGACUGAAUCAUUUGAUUUUAUCACUAGUGACAGUGUUCGUUAGUUCAAAUUUGCCACCAA